CCUGCCAUGGCAGCCCGUUUGGUGCAACGCUGCUGCUGGAGGCACCUGGGGGCCUUCAUCUCUCCAGCCUCAGUCCCAGCCUCUCUGCUGGCACCAGUUGGAAAGAUGGUGACAGCAAGAGCUCUGCCUUUCAAUUCCUUUCAUACUUCAAGCCUUUUGAACUGGGCUGAUGGGUUCUCAGUCAAGGAACAGCUGGAGGAGAGCAGAAAUCCAGAGCACAAAGUGAUUAGGGAACUGAUUGAGACAGCCACAACUCCUCAGGACCUGCUCCAGCUGGGUGAGCUCCAUGCUCUCAAUAGCAACCAAGCUUCCCAAGUAAUUACUCAACUUUCCAAACUGGCUGUGGAAAAAAACCUGGAAACAAGAAGCAUUGUGCAAGAUCAACGUUUCCAGCAGCUCAUCAGCAUCAUGGAUUCCCAGAUCUCUCAGGUGUGGAACAACACCUUGGUGAACGUGCUGAGGAGCCUGCACUGGCUGGGGGUGGAGAGCAGCAGGAGGGAGCUGCAGUCGGUGGAGCAGGAGGUGCUGUGGCGGCUGCGGCGCCUCACCUUCCGCCAGCUCGUCUGCCUGGCGGAGUUCUUGGUGCACAGGCAGGGCAGGGACAGCAGGCUGCUCUCCGAGGUCAUCAAGAAGCUGGAGCUCCGCUGGACAGAGCUGGAGGGCACCCGCAGCGUGGUGAUGCUGAUGAGCAAGGUCGGCCACAUGGCGCCCGCCCUGAUGGACCGCCUGGAGGACAAGGCUCUGGAGCUUGCUGAGCAGUUUGAGCCUGAUGACAUCAGGAAGGUGACUCUGGCGCUGGCCUACCAGAACCGGCGCUGUGUGCCUCUGCUCCGGGCCUUGUCCUACCACCUCAGCCAGAAGCACUCAGAGCUGGGCCUCAGCAUCCUGCUGGAUCUGAUAUUUGCCUAUGGCAAGCUGAAUUUCCACCAGCCCCAGGUCUUCCAGAAGAUGGCCAGCGAGCUGCAGCCACAGGUGGCCACCAUGACGCCGCUGGAGGUCACUCGCUGCGUCAGGUCCUUCGCCCUCCUCAAGUGGCUCAGCCUGCCCCUCUUCGAGGCUGUGGCACAGUACACCCUGGACAACAUCAAGCAGCUGUCAGUUACCCAGCUCUGUGGCCUCAUCCUGUCUUUUGCUCGCCUCAACUUCCAGCCCAGCGCCAGUGAGGGCUUCUUCAGCAUGGUCCAUGAGGAGCUCCAGGGUGAGCUGGACAACCUGGAGCCUCACCUUCUGACUGACCUGGUGUGGUCACUCUGUGUGCUGCAGCAGGCCAGGGCUCCCUACCUGCAGCGAGUGCUGGCCCCGGAGUUCCAAGCUCAGAUCCAAGGAGAUCAGUCCCCCAGGGCCCAGAACCUGUGCCUGAAGCUCAUCCACAUCAACACCACUGCCAAGCUGGAGAGCCCUGACUACAAGGGACCCUUCCUGCCAGUGGAGAUGCUGAGUGCCACCCAGCAGGGGGGGGACAGGGCCACCCUGCUGCAGAGCAGCCUGAGAGAGGCACUGGCAGGGGUGCUGGGGAGCCAGGACCAUGGGCGCCUCGACGUCCACACCAUCUAUGGCUGGCACUUCGAUGCUGAGAUGGUGCUGGACAGUGAAAACAAACCUCUGCCUGUGAAGAACUUUGCAGCUCCACAUCUGCUCCACUCAGAAGGGAAAAAGCCUCUGCCACCAGGUGCCAAGAGGGUCGCCUUCCUGCGCUGGGAGUUCGCUGACUUCAGCAGCAGGGGCCGGGAGCUGCUGGGUCGCUGCGCCCUGGCCCGGCGCCACCUCCGGGCUGCAGGCUUCCUGCUGGUGGAGGUUCCUCACUACGAGUUCCUGGAGCUGAAGCUGGAGCGGCAGCGCAGAGCCUACCUCAAGGACAAGCUGCAGAAGGCCCUGGCCAAGGAGCUGGCAAGCUAACCACUGCUGGGCACCUCCAGCUGAGCCCAGCCUGCCCCAGCCCUCUGCCAAUAAA